CCUCGCAGGACGCCGUAGUGUAGCAGGAAGUGUGUUUGGAUGGCGGCGCGAGCGGCGGAGCUGCGGGUUCCGUGCGGGACGUGCGGGGACAUGCAGCCGUUCCUGGACCAGUUCCCCGGCAGGAGCGACGCCGAGUGUGUGUGGUUAAAGGAGCUGCAUGGCUUCGUCACAGAUCACCUGUGCCCGCUGCUGUCCGGCUCCACCCCUCCUGGGACAGGUGUGUCACAGACAGACGGGGGCCGUCCCGGAGCCGCGGGGUGUGCGUCCCAGCUGAGCGUGUGUGUGGUGAGGAGGGUCGAGGAGAUGAUGGCGGCCGUCACAAAGCACACCUUACCUGUCAGCUACAGGCUGGUGUCCGUCUCCGAGCUGGUUACCAGGCAACACGUCGCCUGCGUCAGCAACCUGUCCUGGAACACCAAUCAGCACAGAGCGUGGGUGAGGGAGGCGGAGCUGGCGCUGCCCAAUCACAAGGCCCUGCCGCGGGUGAACCUGCUGCUGAUUGGCUGUCUGAGAGAGGGGCGGGACGGAGAGUGGAGGCUGACCGACGCCAGGGGGAGUGUGCGGUGUGAGUGCCUGUCUCCCUCUCCUCAGUGGCUGAAUUGGCCUCUGUUCUUCCCUCACUGGAACUACAUCCCCCAGAAUGCCACGGGGCGGAGCCAGGAGGAGCCUGGAGGCCACGUGGAGCUGAUUGGCUCUCCUCUGCCGCUGAGUCCUGCUCCUGGACAGGGAUUGGCUGUUGGACCAGGAGGGGCGGGGCUUAGCAGAGCAGUUGGGGUUGAAGAAGCUGCUGCAGUCCUGCACACCAGGCCCAGAGGAGUGCGUCUGUCUGUGCGGGGCUUGGUGUGUUCGGUCUGCCCCCUGCUGGUCGUAGCCGACACUGCCUUCUUCUGCUUCAGACUAACAGACGACACACACACACACACCGUCCCUGUCCUGGUCAAGGACCGCGGCCGGCUGUGGUGGAGGCAGUGUGUGAGUGUGUGUGUGGGGCAGAGUGUGUGUGUGACGGCGCUGCGUGUGUGUGUUCUGCACGGCUGGAGAGGAAACAGCGUGCUGUGUGUGACCGACCGGUCCACUCUGCACACACACACACAGGAACACACACACACUCCCGGGGACGGGGAACACACACACACACAGGAACACACACACACUCCCGGGGAAGACACACACACCGACACACAGUCAGACCUGUCGCUGUCGUUGCGCGAUAACGACCCUGAGGAGGCGGAGCCUGAGACAGACGCCGUCCAAUCAGCUGUCAGGAUGAAACAAUCUAAAGUCAUCAGUUACCAGGGCGUGGUGACAGAGGUGCUGAGCGAGGGGGCGGGGCUGUACGUGAUUGACGGCACGGUGGGUCUGUGUGUGUCCUAUCAGCCGCAGCUGCGCAGGAAGCUGAGGGCAGGAGACGCCGUGGAGCUCCACCACGUCCACUUCCUGUAUCGGCCCUGCCCUGACUUCACUCCCAGCAUGCUUUGCGCCUGCCUGCGCUCCAGCCUGAGGCUCACGGCCUUCAGCCGGGUCACGGGGUCAGAGGUCAACCCUGAGGACGGGCUGCUGCCGCGGUUACUGCUGGAGAGGAACGUGGGCGUGGCUGAAUAUCUGUGGGUGUGUCAUGUGACCCGGCGACUUAGACACAGUCUCGUCCCCAGCCUGCUGAAGGAGGAGUGUGUGUGUGUGUUGGCGUGGAAGCUGAUGGAGUGUGUGUGGAGAGGAGGAGGAGGAGGAGGAGGAGGAAGGAGAGACAUCUACUCUGAGAUGCUGGACGAGCUUCACACCUGUCCUGUGACCCAGUACUCGUCCAACCCGGCGGUGUGUGAGUGUGUGUGUGUCGGUGAGUGUGUGUGUGCGCUGCAGGCAGAGUGCUGGUCAGGUGUGUGUCUCAGCUCUCUGCUGCCCCCUGGUGGAAGCAGUCUGAGCAGAGCGCAGGUCAACGCCGCGCUGGCCUGGUCCCAUCGAGUCCAGCGCCACCCCGUGACCUCUGACCCCCACCCUGUACACAGGCGGCGCCCCCUGCUGUUGGUGGGGGUUUUGGAGCUUCCAUCACACACGCCAACACACACCUCUGAACACACACCGACACACACCUCUGAACACACACCGACACACACAUCUGAACACACACCGACACACACAUCUGAACACACCCUCCAGCUGAGAGACCAGACAGGGGCGGUGGCCUGCGUUGUCACGGAAACCAGUGAGGAAGAGGAGGCGGGUCAGAGGCCAGCCUUUAACACUGCCUGGAUAGGCUGCCUGGUGUGCAUCCAGCGGUUCACCAUGGUAACAGAGCGCUUCCUCCAAUCAGAUUUCCCCUCCUAUCAACACCUGGACCAGGACAAAUACAUCACACACAAGUCCUGCAGAGUUUACCUCCAGUUUUCUCUGGAUGAUGUUCACAUCCUGAGUCCGUCCAUCACCAUGGUUACACACCUCAGAGGGAGGGAGGAGGAGGAGUCGGAGUCAGUGGCUGGGAGGAGGAAGGACAGGGAGGAGGAGGAGGAGGAGGAGGAGGAGGAGGAGCCCCUCCCCCCCAGGAAGAAAAGAAAGAUGGAGGAGGGAGGAGCUGACAAGACGACACCAGGCUCCUCCCAGGCAACGUCCUUCAUCGCCACGGCAACUGGGUUGCCGGGCGACCAGCCCCUACAGGCCUGCGUCUCCGUUGUGAUCAGGGUUGAAGGGAAGGAGGGCGUGGCCUGGAGGAACACCGGGAGUGGCUCAGAAGAUGAAGAGGCGGGGCUGUCGCUGUGCUUCUCCGCCACGGCGGCUGUGAUUGGCCCGGUGGUGCAAUGGGGGCGGGACCCGAAGAACAGACAUAUGAUGGACAGAGAGACAGAAGAAGAGAAGGAUGACAAGGUGCUCUUGUUGUUCUCAGGUGUGUCAGUCCGAUGGUUUCCUCUCCUCCAUCCAGGUGUUUUCUACAGGCUGGUUGCCCCCAGCAGCCAGGAUCCCAGCGUUCUGAUUGGCUGCAGCGUGGCCGGGCGGAGUGGGGUGGAGCUCCGCACUAACCCCUCCCUCCAGGUGCGCUCGGCUUGGAGGUUCCACACUCUGACACGCCCACUUCUCCUGCCCGCCCCCCGCCAGGCCCGCUCGCCCGCCGUCAUGUGUGUGUCCGAUGUCCUGGACUGCAGCUCAGUGGACUUGGUGUGUUUUCAGGGUCUGGUGUCUCACAGGAUCAGUGUGAGCAGCAAGUUGAGCAGCGCUGGACACACAAACACAGGUGUGCGUCUGACAGUUUGUGAUCAGAGUGGGAGGAGCCUGCAGGUUUACUUGGACUUAAGCCACACCCCCUACCCACCUGGCCUGUUGCCUGGCAACACACUGCUGCUGUCCAACGUCCAACGUCGGCUGUCCAGGUCAGGAAGUGUGUAUUGCAGUUCACUGCCUGUCAGUUCAAUAACUGUCACAUCACUGGGAGACACAAGCCCCGCCCAGCCUCCUGCUCCCAUGAUGCACCUGGGCGGCUGGGCGCUGGGCAGGGAGCAGAGGUGCACUGUGGGUCGGGUCAGAGGUCACGUGGUGUGUUUCCUGUUCCUGCGGCUGCAGUGGAGCUGCUCGCUGUGUGAGGCCGUCUACACACAGGCCGGCUGCUCCUCCUCUCAGUGUGACUCCACCUCGUCUGUGUUCCAGGCCAAAGCCAGGGUGGUGCUGGAUGACGGGACGGGCGAGGCUCACGUUUGGUUUUCCUGUCCGCUGGUGCGUCCUCUGCUGCGAUUGGCUGAGUCACAGUGGGAGGGGCUUCAGAGGGCGCUGAGGGUCAGAGGUCACCUCCGCCUCUACACGCAGGGGCGGAGCCUGGUGUGUGACGACAGCUCUGAUGAUCCUCUCCUGCACUUCCUGCUGUGUGUGUGCAGCAGCGACGCCGUGUGUCGCCCGCUCUCUCUCACCUGCCGGAUGCACACACACACACAGCAGCCAGAGGAGGUGCGGCGCUUCAGUCGAGGAGACAGACAGUUCAUGACCAGGAUGAUCCCUCCUCUGCAGCUCACCUGUCUGCACAUGGAGACAGGCUGAGAGACAGACAGGCUGACAGACAGACAGGCUGACAGACAGACAGGCUGAGAGACAGACAGGCUGACAGACAGACAGGCUGAGAGA